AUGAUUCAGAAUCACGAGUUGCGGCGUUCCGAUGGCGACGAGAAGUCACGUGUUGGUGUGAUGCUGACGUCUGACAACGAUGUUCCUGAGCAAGAACCACAUCCGGACACCGAAAACGCCCUCAGUCCAUUCCAUGGAGUUACAACUGGAUUGCUUUGGCAUGCGUUAUUUGCCUUUAAAAUUGGAUCAAACUGGACCAGCGCUUGUCUGGGUCCGCUGAAAAACACUAUACGCAACGAGCUCGGGGUCACCAAUGCCCAAUUCGGAGUUGUAUCCAGCGCCGACUCUUUUAUCAACUCGAUUUUCCCCAUCGUUGGAGGAAUGACUCUGGAUUGGUGGGGCCCCAACAAAACUACAAUAUGUUGCACUACAAUCAUCUUUGUCGAUGCGUCUGUCGCUGCGGGAGCCGUUCACCUAGAGUCGUGGAGAAUGCUUGCGGCUGGCCAUGUCCUCAUGGGGCUUGGAGUUGCUAUCCUUGACCAAGCGCAGCAAAAGGUUGGAAUUUUUGCUUCUUUCGUCUAUCAUUGGUUCGGUGCCGGUGGUCUCGCCUUCGCCUCUGGUCUCGAAAAUGCAGUUUCUAGCACAGUAGGAAUGGUUGCCGGCAUGCCUUUGACUCGCGAUCGCCGAGAACGGCUUGAAGCAGAGAUCGAGGAUAGGGACAUACACCCUCUUACCAAGAGGGAAGUCCGAAAGCCUUGGGUGAUCUACACCCUUCUGAUCCUUGUUGCAAUGAUCGCCACUGCGUGA